ACCCUAUAUGGGUGGACUCCUGCAUACAAACGCGUCUUUCCUCAGCAGAUUCUCUUCGUGUGUGUGUGUGUGUGUACGCUGACAAUUAUUGUGUGUUUUACCCCAUUGAUGCUAACCUUUUCUCUAUUCUAUCCCCCUGUAUUUAUCUAUAAAUUAGUAUAUCAAGAGAGAGAUUUUUGUGGACAUUCUUCAUUACUCCUAAAACACACUCUUUAGCUUCUGGGUCUAUCAUUGAUGGCGGAGGAGAGUGGUGUGGCGUUAGUGGGUAGUGAUUUGCAGGUGAAGAAAGCAAGAGAGGAGGAAGAGAACAACGGGGUUUCUGUGGAGAUGGAGGGUUGUAACAACAAUAUAUCCUCUAUUAUACCUGGGUGGUUCUCUGAGAUUAGCCCAAUGUGGCCUGGAGAAGCACAUUCAUUAAAGGUUGAAAAGAUCUUAUUCCAGGGAAAUUCUGACUAUCAAAAGGUCCUGGUCUUUCAGUCUUCGACAUAUGGGAAAGUUCUUGUUUUGGAUGGGGUAAUUCAACUUACGGAGAGGGAUGAAUGCUCUUAUCAGGAAAUGAUUACUCAUCUCCCACUCUGCUCCAUUCCAAACCCGAAGAAGGUUUUGGUUAUUGGGGGAGGAGACGGUGGUGUUCUACGUGAGGUGUCCCGCCAUUCUUCUGUUGAGCAGAUAGACAUCUGUGAGAUUGAUAACAUGGUAGUUGAUGUGAGUAAUAAUGACUCCUCUAGCUUUCUUUAUGCUUUAGGUGUUUAA